UACACUGUUUACUUCCGUCAAUAUUUCCAGCACAAAAAGGAAAAGAGCUGAGAGAAAGAAACAGUCCAGCCACAAGGAGACUUCGUGGAUAUUAAGGUUUUCACCGUGGCUUCAGCUCUUCUCUGCUCAAAGUCCUUAUCUCCCCAGUUAAAAUGCCUUUCUUAGGCAAAGACUGGAGGUCGCCUGGGUGGAGUUGGACUAAGACAGACCACGGCUGGAAGAGGAUAGUUUUCUUUGGACAUGAGCUCGAGGACAACAACAAAGACAUAGACCUAAAAGAGCUCUGCAGUGACGACAAUGAAAAUCUGUUUGUCGGAGAGGUAUGCGAGCUCGCCAACACCAAGAGGAAGAAGGAGUUCUACAACAAUAAUACCAAAUCCCAGUUUGUUUUCAGGGAUAAAUGGAUCUACGUGCAGAAAGAGAGCACAAAGGAACGACACGGUUACUGCACACUUGGGGAAGCUCUUAACCGACUAGACUUUUCCAGCUCUAUUCAAGAUUUGCGAAGAUUUAACUAUGUUGCCAAGCUUUUCCAGCUGAUUGCCAGGUCUCAGUUAACGUCUUUGAGUGGAGCUGCCCAGAAGAACUAUUUUAAUAUACUGGAGAAGAUUGUACGCAAGGUCCUAGUGGACCACUACAAUCCACGCCUUGUUAAGGAGCUUCUGCAGGACCUGAGCUCCACACUCCACAGUCUGACCAUCCAUGUUGGCAGGUGUGUCCUCGUAGGGAACGUAAAUAUCUGGUUUAACCGCCUGGAGACUAUUGUUAAAUGGCAGCAGGAGCUCAACAAUAUGCAGAUCCCAAAGCAAAUGUACAGCGGGAUGACUUUCAACGACCUGCCGCUGCACAUGCAGAGCAAGAUCCUCUGCAAGUUAUCUGACGCCUGCGAUAUCAUCAACCUGGGUCAGGCCACGCCGACAUUACACAUCCUCAGUGAGAACAAAACGCUGUGGAAGAAACUCUGUCAGUUUCACUUCUCAGACAAACCGUACUGUAGGAGUUUGGGUCUGACCAGGAAUGACAACGUGGACUGGAAGCUGAUGUAUUACACACUGCAGAAGCAUUACCCAAUGAAGGAGCAGUACGGCGACACGUUGCACUUCUGCAAACACUGUAGCAUCCUCUUCUGGAAGGAUCACCAUGUGGCUUUGUUUCUCAAGGACUUUGGCCACCCGUGCACCGCCAAUGAUCCAGACAGCUGCCUGAUGCCAAUUUCUCCGCAGCACUUUAUUGACCUCUUCAGAUUUUAAACCCUCCGUGUUGUCCUCCGACAUGACUUACUUUACUCUCCAUCCCACCCAGCUUUGACUCUGUUUACACUUUAGCGUUGUUUACCUAAAUAAAAAAGGGCUGAAACUGCACGAAAUGGAUUUUAUUUUUCAGUGCACAGUUAUUUCCCAAAAAUAGAGGUCUUAAAUAUGUGUUCUUUGUUUCAAAAUGUUAAGAUUGUUUAUUUUUCAGCAUAGAUGUUAGUCUUGAAGACAGAAAAAAAGGUUUCUCUCUAUAGAGGGAAUUAAAAUAUGUAAGUAUAUAAAAGAAGAAGAUAUGUUUUAUGUGUAAAACGUGUUUUAGUCUUUUAUAGGUAGACAAGUAUUUGUUAAGGUCCAUAAAGAGUUACAGAAAUCUAAAAGAAAAAAAGAUCUGAUGAUUAUUUAUUCAGUGAGGUUUAGUUGCAUCCUGAUCUGUUUGUUUCUGCUGGCGUUUUUUCUACAGGUACAGCUCCUUCGUCACGUCCGACUCCGUUUACAAGUUUGUUGUCCUUUGUCAGCUAAUGUAAAGCUCUGAGUGUACGCAUUUUCUACUGCUGUUUGGCAUCUGCAGUGGCAAAUAGAAAAAACAUAGACUGUUUAAGUGGGGGUGGGGGGGUGACUUUUGUAAUUCUCUUCCCUAUUUUGUAACAACCCUUUAUCAACACAUACUCUUAAUGGUACUGUUGUGACGUUUACAGUGUGGGAAACUAGCUAUGAAUUAAAAGUGCUUCUAAAAUCGG